UCCGGGGAGAGCCAGCCAGCGAGCGAGCGGGCGGCGCAGCCGGCGCGUCUGGGCAGCCUCGCUGGGAGGGAGGGGGCGGCCGGCCGCCCGGCGGCGACUCCGGGCCCCGGCCGCCACCAUGGGCUUCGAGCUGGACCGCUUCGACGGGGACGUGGACCCGGACCUGAAGUGCGCGCUGUGCCACAAGGUCCUGGAGGACCCUCUGACCACGCCGUGCGGCCACGUCUUCUGCGCCGGCUGCGUGCUGCCCUGGGUGGUACAGGAGGGCAGUUGCCCCGCGCGUUGCCGCGGUCGCCUCUCGGCCAAGGAGCUCAACCACGUCCUGCCGCUCAAACGCCUGAUUCUCAAGCUGGACAUCAAGUGCGCUCACGCGGCGCGCGGCUGCGGCCAGGUGGUCAAGCUGCAGCAGCUGCCCGAGCAUCUCGAGCGCUGCGAGUUCGCGCCCGCGCGCUGCCGCCACGCGGGCUGCGGCCAGGUGCUGCUGCGGCGCGACGUGGAGGCGCACAUGCGCGAUGCGUGCGAUGCGCGGCCGGUGGGCCGCUGCCAGGAAGGCUGCGGGCUGCCCCUGACGCACGGCGAGCAGCGGGCGGGCGGCCACAGCUGCGCGCGAGCCCUGCGGGCGCACAACGGCGCGCUGCAGGCCCGCCUGGGCGCGCUGCACAAGGCGCUCAAGAAGGAGGCGCUGCGCGCGGGCAAGCGCGAAAAGUCGCUGGUGGCGCAGCUGGCCGCCGCACAGCUAGAGCUGCAGAUGACCGCUCUGCGCUACCAGAAGAAGUUCACCGAGUACAGCGCGCGCCUCGACUCGCUCAGCCGCUGCGUGGCCACGCCGCCCGGCGGCAAGGGUGAAGAAACAAAAAGCUUGACUCUUGUCCUGCACCGAGACUCUGGCUCACUGGGAUUCAAUAUUAUUGGUGGCCGGCCAUGUGUGGACAACCAAGAUGGAUCGUCCAGUGAAGGAAUCUUUGUGUCCAAAAUAGUUGACAGUGGGCCGGCAGCCAAGGAUGGAGGCCUGCAGAUUCAUGACAGGAUUAUUGAGGUCAACGGCAAAGACUUAUCCAGAGCAACUCAUGACCAGGCUGUGGAAGCUUUCAAGACGGCCAAAGAACCCAUCGUGGUACAGGUGUUGAGGAGAACGCCUCGAACCAAAAUGUUCACGGCUCCAUCAGAGUCACAGAUGGUGGACACGGGAACCCAGACCGACAUCACCUUUGAGCACAUCAUGGCUCUUACUAAGAUGUCGUCGCCCACCCCGCCUGUGCUGGACCCCUACCUCCUGCCUGAGGAGCAUCCCUCAGCCCACGAGUACUACGAUCCAAAUGACUACAUGGGAGGCAUCCAUCAGGAGAUGGACAGGGAGGAACUGGAGCUGGAGGAGGUGGACCUCUACAGGGUCAACAGCCAGGACAAGCUGGGCCUCACGGUGUGCUACCGGACGGACGACGAGGAGGACAUUGGGAUUUACAUAAGCGAGAUCGACCCCAACAGCAUCGCGGCCAAAGAUGGGCGCAUCCGUGAAGGAGACCGCAUUAUCCAGAUUAAUGGGAUAGAGGUACAGAACCGCGAGGAGGCUGUGGCUCUUCUAACCAGUGAAGAAAACAAGAACUUUUCUUUGCUAAUUGCAAGGCCGGAACUCCAGCUGGACGAGGGCUGGAUGGAUGACGACAGAAAUGACUUUCUGGACGACCUGCACAUGGACAUGCUGGAGGAGCAACACCACCAGGCCAUGCAGUUCACAGCCUGCGUGCUGCAGCAGAAGAAGCACGAGGAAGACGGGGGAACGACGGACACGGCCACCAUCCUGUCCAACCAGCAUGAGAAGGACAGCGGCGUGGGGCGGACGGACGAGAGCACGCGCAACGACGAGAGCUCGGAGCAGGAGAACAACGGCGACGACGCGCCCGCGGCGCCCCCGCCGCUGGCGGGGCAGCGGAAGCUCACGUGCAGCCAGGACACGCUGGGCAGCGGGGACCUGCCCUUCAGCAACGAGUCCUUCAUCUCGGCCGACUGCGCCGACGCCGACUACCUGGGCAUCCCGGCGGACGAGUGCGAGCGCUUCCGGGAGCUGCUGGAGCUCAAGUGCCAGGUGAAGAGCGCGGGCCCCUACGGCCUGUGCUACCCCAGCGGGCCCCUGGACGCCGGCAAGAGCGACCCCGAGAGCGUGGACAAGGAGCUGGAGCUGCUGAACGAGGAGCUGCGCAGCAUCGAGCUGGAGUGCCUGAGCAUCGUGCGCGCGCACAAGAUGCAGCAGCUCAGGGAGCAGUACCGCGAGUCCUGGAUGCUGCACAACAGCGGCUUCCGCAACUACAACACCAGCGUGGACGUGCGCAGGCACGAGCUCUCCGACAUCACCGAGCUGCCCGAGAAGUCCGACAAGGACAGCUCGAGCGCCUACAACACCGGGGAGAGCUGCCGGAGCACCCCGCUCACCUUGGAGCUGUCCCCCGAUAACUCCCUGAGGAGAGCGGCCGAGGGCGGCGGUCCUGGCGGCGAAGGCGCCACGGGGCCCGCGGAAGCUUAUGGGCCAUCCCCAAAGAAUCUGCUCGCCAUCACGGAAGAUCCCGAAGUGGGCGCCCCGAACUACAGUCCUUCUAAAGAGCCGGACCCCAGCCAGGCCCCGGAGAGCAAGGAGCGGAGAGCCAGCGACGGCGGCGGCAGCCCCACGGCCAGCCCGAAGCCGGGCGGCUCCUACCUGGCGCCCUUCCCGCACUCGCCCUACAAGCACGCCCACAUCCCGGCGCACGCGCAGCACUACCAGAGCUACAUGCAGCUGAUCCAGCAGAAGUCGGCCGUGGAGUACGCGCAGAGCCAGAUGAGCCUGGUGAGCAUGUGCAAGGACCUGACCUCGGCCAACCAGGCGGAGCCCCGAAUGGAGUGGAAAGUGAAGAUCCGGAGCGACGGGACGCGCUACAUCACCAAGCGGCCGGUGCGGGACCGCCUGCUGCGGGAGCGCGCGCUCAAGAUCCGCGAGGAGCGCAGCGGCAUGACCACGGACGACGACGCGGUCAGCGAGCUGAAGCUGGGCCGGUACUGGAGCAAGGAGGAGAGGAAGCAGCACGUGGUGAAGGCCAAGGAGCAGAGGCGGAGGCGCGAGUUCAUGAUGCAGAGCCGGCUCGACUGCCUGAAGGAGCAGCAGGGGGCCGACGACAGGAAGGAGAUGAACAUCCUCGAACUCAGCCACAAAAAGAUGAUGAAGAAGAGGAAUAAAAAGAUCUUCGAUAACUGGAUGACCAUCCAAGAACUCUUAACCCACGGCACGAAAUCCCCCGACGGCACUAGAGUAUACAAUUCGUUCCUCUCGGUGACUACUGUAUAAUUUUCACUUGUGCGUUAUGUACAGAAAAGAGACCACCACUACCAUUGGGGUAGAAAUUCCUGCCUCGUUCAAUGCGGCAAGUUUUUGUAUAUAAGAUAAAUACCGUCUUCAUGUUCAUAGUCGAAAUUGGCGACCCUUACAACUCUGUUAUUUGGAGGUGGACGUUGGGGAGGUAUUUUAAGUGGGGAAAAAACCCACCCUUAAACUAUCUUGGAAGGCAAUAUUAACAGAGCUUUUUUUUCAGAUAGCAAUGGUACUUUUUUACUCGUUACCUUUUACAUAAAGUGUUUUUAAGCAUACUUUCACAGAAUAAUUUGUUUAAACUAUAUUCAUAUAUGAGAGUUACACACGCUUUUCUUUUCCUGCCGAAAACAGAUACAACUGCCAGUGUGCAUUUUUAAUGGAACCCUAUUUUAUAAUGUUACUUUGCUAAAUGUGUUUCAUACUUAGGUCAAAGUUUCAACUCAAAACCACCAAACUCAGUGGUUAACGACUUAAUACACCUAACCAAACCAGCAGUUUUUAGAACUGGGAUACACAUUUAAACAUUUUUUUUCUGGUUAAAGUUCCCCAGAGUGGAAGGGUUUUAACAGAAAGCAAAAUAUCAUGCAGCUUUGUGGAAGUUUAAAGCAUGUUUGCAGAUACUGCAACCUGUUGGAAGAAUUUGCAUGUACAGGAAAGUUGUGGAUGGAGACGGUUUGUGGAGUUUUAAGUGCUCAUUGUAGUAAACCUUUGCUUUGUAGAUUUGAGGGGACAGACUUUUACAAGCAGAUUCAUGAAAUCAUGAUUAGUUGCAUACAUGAAGUAAAAUGAAGUUAAAAUAAAUUAUUAUUUUCUAUUUGA